AUGUCAGUAGUUAUGUUAGGAGGUAAAUCCCUUCAAUGGAUUUUACGUUCAUCAAAAUCCAUUUGUAAUACAUUUUUACUUUUACCAACAACAUCAAAAAAUGUUGAGCAAAAACGUACAGUUUCAUGGUUUUUGGGUACAGAAGAACACCAAAAUUAUUUAUCACAAGCAAGUUAUUUUUAUUCAAAUCCUGAAUAUGCACAAUGGAAAGAAAAACCAAUGCGAAACGAAUUAAUGGUUGAAACACCACCGAAACGUAAAUUACGUAAUUUUAAAAUUAAUUUUGGUCCACAACAUCCAGCUGCUCACGGUGUACUUCGUCUUAUUGUUGAACUUGAUGGAGAAACUGUUAUACGUGCAGAUCCACAUAUUGGACUUUUACAUCGUGGAACAGAAAAACUCUGCGAAUAUAAAACAUAUAUUCAAGCUUUACCUUAUUUUGAUCGACUUGAUUAUUGUUCAAUGAUGACAAAUGAACAAGUAUAUUCAUUAGCUAUUGAACGUCUUUUAGGAAUUGAUAUUCCUGAACGUGCAAAAUUUAUUCGAACUUUAAUGGCUGAAAUGACACGAAUUCUUAAUCAUACAUUAGCUGUUGGUUGUCAUGCACUUGAUGUUGGUGCAAUGACACCAUUUUUUUGGCUUUUUGAAGAACGAGAAAAGAUAAUGGAGUUUUAUGAACGUGUUAGUGGUGCUCGUAUGCAUGCUGCCUAUGUUCGUCCAGGUGGUGUUGCAUUUGAUUUACCACUUGGUUUUAUGGAAGACGUCUAUAAAUGGUGUGAAGCAUAUACUCGUCGUAUUGAUGAAGUUGAUGAUCUUUUAACAGGAAAUCGUAUUUGGAUUCAACGAACUCAAAAUAUUGGUAUUGUAACAGCUGAAGAAGCACUUAAUCUUAGUUUUUCGGGUGUUAUGUUACGUGGUUCGGGUAUUAAAUGGGAUCUUCGAAAAACACAACCAUAUGAUGCUUAUGAUAAAGUUGAAUUUGAUGUACCAAUUGGUGUUAAUGGAGAUUGUUUUGAUCGAUAUUUAUGUCGAAUGGAAGAAAUGAGACAAAGUUUAAGAAUAAUGAUGCAAUGUAUUAAUAAAAUGCCAUCUGGAGAUUAUAAAGUUGAUGAUCAUAAAAUAACACCACCAAGACGUGCAGAAAUGAAAGAAUCAAUGGAAGCACUUAUUCAUCAUUUUAAACUUUUCAGUGAAGGUUUUGUAGUUCCACCCGGUACAACAUAUACUGCUAUUGAAGCACCAAAAGGUGAAAUGGGUGUCUAUCUUGUAUCGGAUGGUACAUCGAAACCUUAUCGACUUCAUAUCAAAGCUCCUGGAUUCGUUCAUUUAGCUGCACUUGAUCGUAUUUCUCGUCGUCAUAUGCUGGCUGAUUUGGUUGCUAUUAUUGGUACAUUAGAUAUUGUCUUUGGUGAAGUUGAUCGUUAG